AUAACAUUAUUUUAGUCUCGUUCUUUCAGCAACGCGACAAUGCAUUUUGUUGCACUGCUCGUUCUAGUCGUCCAAUUCGGGGCUCACGUUACGUUCGCUCAUCCCGGUCAGGCUCCCAUCGUGCACACCGGACUCGGCAGCAUCCGGGGUACGAUUCUGGAGUCCCGUCUGGGACGGAAAUUCUACGCUUUUCGUGGGAUCCGAUAUGCCAACGCACCAGUAGGGAAUCUUCGAUUCCAAGCACCACAACCGGUUGACGCCUGGAACGGGACGCUAGAUGCCACCGAAGAUGGGCCUAUGUGUCCACAGCCGGCGCUGAAUCGCAGUGAUGUGUCGGAGGAUUGCCUGCGGUUGAAUGUGUACUCCAGUGUGAUUCCGGGCGAGAAUAUAAGGAUUGCCCCGAGAGAUGUACUAGUGUAUCUUCAUCCAGGUGGCUUCUACGUGUUUUCCGGACAGAGCAAGAAUAAUGCGGGGCCUCAGAACUUGAUGGACCAAGAUGUGGUGAUGGUGACGAUCAACUAUCGAUUGGGUUCGCUCGGUUUCAUGAGUACUGGGACGAAGGAUAGUCCAGGAAAUGCCGGUUUCAAGGAUCAAGUUAUGGCUUUGAAGUGGGUUCGAGAUCACAUUUCGGCAUUCGGUGGACGAUCUGAUUCGGUGACACUGAUGGGAUACAGUGCCGGAGCGCUGAGCAAUACUUUGCAUAUGGUGUCGCCGAUGUCGAAGGGGCUGUUCCAUCGAGUUAUUGUGAUGAGUGCUUCCGGAGUUAGUCAAGUGCAGAUUCCAACCGAUCAGAUUGAGCUUGCUGAGAAGCAGGCUUUGCUGUUGAACUGCAGUAGUACGGAAAUUUCUAAGAUGGUAGACUGUUUGAGAGAGAAACCUGCAACUGAUUUUGCCGACAGUUUGGAAGCAAUGUUCGUUCUGUCCUGGAAUCCGGUUCUGCUUUGGACAGCAGUAGUAGAGCCUGACUUUGGCCAAGAGCGAUUCCUGAUCGAAGACCCUACGGAGUCUUUCUUGAAGGGUAACUUUGCGAAGGUUCCUGUAAUCGCGGGAAUCACUCAGGACGAGUUUGCGGGGCCGGCUGUGUCUUUUCUACGAAAUGAAACACUCCGAAAGGAAUUGGAUGCGAAUUUCGAUACAUUGGCUCCUGUACUUUUCCUAUACGAAGGCUAUCUAAAUCGAUUGGACAUUACUCGUCAGCUGAGAGAGAAAUUCUUAGGAGAAGAACCACUCAGCUUGAACCGAUCUUUGCAAGGUUUGAAUUAUUUAUUUGCCGACAGCCUGAUCGGUUUUGCAGUUCAUCGCUUCGUGCAGUUAGUGGCACCGCAUACCCCCGUCUAUCAGUACAAGUUUUCCUACGUCGGACGAUACAGUUUCUUCUAUUAUCCUGACGAUCGAACUCCUUACGGAGCUGUCCAUCAUGACGAUUUGCUUUAUCUGCUUUCGAUCCCAUCGGUGGCACCCAUUUUCAAUGCGACCGACCCGGAAAGCAAAACCGUUGAACGCCUCACUGGAAUGUGGACAGCUUUUGCUAGGACGGGAGAUCCAAAUGCCGUUCAGGGAAUCGAAAAACCAAAUUGGACUCCUGUAACUGAUCAAAAAGACAGCUAUCUCAACAUCGGAGAAGAUCUCAAAAUGGAAGCAGGACUCUUCACUGAUAGAUUCUCUUUCUGGGACCACCUUUUCCCGCUUCCGGCAGUCAACUAAUAAUGUAUAAGUAUAAUCAAUAAAUAACUCCACGCUACUUAUCCUCUAAA